CUAUUUAAAGUUGCACUGCAGAGAGUAUACAAGGGAGUCCCACAGCCCUGAAUAACAGAAGCAGCAGAGCGAGUUCUGUGAAGCAAAAUGAUGGCCUGGAUUGGCUUUCUGCUGGCUCUAGCAGUCCUGACUGGUGUGUCUAUGGAGCGAGGGAGCUUUGGACAGGAGACCGAAGCCAGCUGCUGUGCCCAGCUGAAGGGCCUGUCAGAGUGUGGGGCAAACAAGGUCUUUCUGCAGGGCCAUCCAGGCACACCAGGAAUUCCAGGCAUACCGGGAACAAGCGGGCUGCCUGGGGCAAAAGGUGACACAGGCCCUCAGGGGCCCCCAGGUGAGAGAGGAUCUGUUGGGACACCUGGCAAAGCUGGGCCCAAAGGAGAGAAAGGAGACCAAGGAGAAGCCUGCAGUUUGAAGAAUCUUGCCGAAUGUCAGCAGCAAGAGGCAAAAGUUUUCCCCAGAGACUGCAAGGAACUCCUGGGACAUGGUGAGACGCUGAGUGGCUGGUACACCAUCUACCCUGCCAGAGGGAAAGCAAUGGUGGUCUUCUGUGACAUGGAGACUGAUGGGGGAGGCUGGCUGGUGUUUCAGAGGCGGCAAGAUGGAUCGGUAGAUUUCUACCGUAACUGGGCAUCCUACAAGAAAGGCUUUGGAAAGCAAGCAUCAGAGUUCUGGCUGGGAAAUGAUAAUAUCCACCUUCUCACAAGCUCUGGAGUACAGCAGCUGAGGAUUGAUGUGGAAGACUUCAACAACUCUAGAACUUAUGCGACAUAUACCAGUUUCAGAAUCUCAAGUGAGACAGAAAACUACACCCUCACGGUGGGCUCCUAUUUGGAUGGCAACAUGGGUGAUUCUUUCUCAGGACACAAUGGCCUGAAGUUCUCCACAUGGGACAAAGACAAUGACACCAAUGACAAAGGAAGCUGUGCUGUGAGCUACAAGGGUGCCUGGUGGUACAGUUCCUGCCAUAAUUCCAACCUGAAUGGCCUGUACCUCAAAGGGGAGCAUACCUCUUAUGCCAACGGCAUCAACUGGUCUACCGGGAAGGGGUACAAUUAUUCUUACAAAUAUGUAGACAUGAAAAUUAGGCCUCAGUAGGUGGAUGAAUUUCCAAGCAGCUGAUCUUUCUUCUCAGUCCUAAACCUUAGCCUGACAGAGCAGUCUCUUAAUUCUGGAUAUGCUGAUACAAAAACCUUGCAACUGCCCCUUACUGGAUGUGUAUGGAUAAUCUCCCACAUCAUUCAGGAUCUGUUUCUUAAACUUACAUAAGAUCUUUUCAGACAUUUUUUUAAGAGCAUGCCUAGAAGUCCCGCCCCCCACCACCAGCAACAGGAAGCCUCACCCUUCUCACACUCUUCACAGUUAAGGUGUUUCUCUGAAGACAAGGCAAACACUGUAAGGACGGUUUUGGUUGUUUCCAUGAUGUCUGUUCAUCAUGGAAGCAACCAUGAUCAUGCUUAUGGUGUCUGCCUCUUCAGACAAACACCUUAACGGUGGAGCGGAUCAGGGUCACAACAAUUGCCUGAACAGAAAAAGAGCAGCCUAAUUGAUGUGUUUAGAAAACCAAAGCAACUCCAUGUUUGCCCAGAAUACCUCAUUCUAACUUAAAGUAACCCCAGCCCAGCUCAGGGACAUCACUGCCUCUCAUGAUCAACAUCAUUAUCUCUCUCCACUAAAUUGUAUCUAUGAAACUUGGUUCUCACAAGGUUCUCACUGUUCUUCGCUGACAGUUAAGAAAACAGGAUUUAACCAAAUAAGGAGUAAUCACCAGAUGAACAAUGAAUCAUUCGCAUGCGUAAUAGAUACUUAGACCACCAUUUUAUUGUCACGUAUACUGUGUCUAGCGUGUCAGCAUCAUUCAGAUUGUUUGUAUAAAUGUAAGAUGCACCUGUAACCAAAUUGUAAUCAGUUUGAGAGCGUAAGCCUACUGAUUACCUAUUGCUAAACUGCAGUAGCAAUAAAAGCCUCUAAAUUAUU